AUGGCGAAUCACCUGUACGGCUACAACCCUACUAGCUAUGGAGGUGCUGCCAAUCUGAGCAGCGUCUAUACAUCGAGAUCAGUCGCCGAUCCCUACCUGUCGGCUGACUCUUCAUUGCUGAGCUCUUCCAGAUACCUUACCUCGGACAUCCUUUCUUCGUCCUCAGCCUCCAACUUAUCAUCCAUCUAUUCCUCCAUCAUCAGCGACAGAGGUCCCUCCUCCAUGCUCUUCUCCCACACCGACGCUCUCGCCGGCGGUUAUUCGGUGGCGACCGGCAAUAGAGUUCCUGGUGUUUCUGUUACUACGGGAUCCUGGCUCGGGCCGCCCGGUGUUGAUGUCGGCGCUGCUGCUGCUUCUUCUUUGGAUCCUCGUCUUGCCGGACUCAAGCGGCCGGCCUCUGAAGCGCUCUAUCCUCAGACUGUCUUGGGUGCCCAUAACACUAUUGGGCAAAGUGAAGCUUGGUUGUCUACCAACCUUUUAGCCAAACGCCCUAGAUUCGAGAAUGCAAGCAGUUUGCCUAUUUAUCCGCAGAGGCCUGGAGAGAAGGACUGUGCCCAUUAUAUGCUCACAAGAACCUGUAAGUUUGGAGAUAGCUGCAAGUUUGACCAUCCUAUUUGGGUUCCAGAGGGUGGAAUCCCAGAUUGGAAAGAGGUGCCACUUAUUGCUACGAGUGAAUCCCUUCCAGAAAGACCAGGGGAGCCAGAUUGUCCUGGUGUCCCUGAGAGUGCUGAUGUUUCUGUCUUACCCCAGAGGCCAUCUGAGCUUCCAUGUGCGUUCUAUGUGAAGACUGGAACAUGUAAAUUUGGUGCCACCUGCAAAUUCCAUCACCCAAAAGAUAUUCUGAUACCAUCAGCUGGACAAGAGAAUGGCAGUGGUGAGCAGAUUCAAGCAAUUAAUGAUGAAAUGGCUGGAGAUUUGGAGCUAGUUAAACCUCUUUUUACCCCAGCAUUGUUGCAUAAUUCCAAAGGCCUUCCCAUCAGACCG